AUGGAGAAUUCUCUAAUAUCUGUUUCAUAUUGGAUCAUUCUAAUAUUCUCCAUCUCUGUUUUGCCUUUUAUUCAAUCUUUAAACUAUGGAGAAGCACUUUUUAAAAGUAUUCUGUAUUUCGAAGCACAACGUUCUGGUCAUUUACCAUACAAUCAAAGAAUCUCAAUCAAACAAUUUUUGUCCCAAGAAAAUAAUAUUUCCUUUUCUAUGGUUAAACAGGUGGACUUGGUAGGAGGAUACUAUGAUGCAGGUGACAACAUAAAGUUUGGUCUUCCAAUGGCAUUUACCAUUACAAUGUUGUCUUGGAGUGUUCUGCAGUAUCAAGAACAAGCAACUGCUGGUGGUGAAUUUCAAAAUGCUCUUGAUGCUAUCAAAUGGGCAACUGAUUACUUCAUCAAAGCACAUCCUGAGCCUAAUGUCCUACGGGGUCAGAUUGAUGAGGAACAUCCCGGCUCAGAGGUUGCCGGAGAAACUGCUGCAGCAACGGCAGCAGCAUCAAUUGCCUUUAAGAAAAAUAAUCCACACUAUUCCCACCUUCUCUUGGAGCAUGCCCAACAGCUGUUUGAGUUUGCUGACAAAUUUAGAGGCAAAUAUGAUGAAAGCAUUGAGGCUGUAAAGGAAUAUUAUGCAUCCACAAGCGGAUAUAAGGAUGAAUUGUUGUGGGCAGCUUUGUGGCUCUACAAGGCCACUCGUAGAGUUGAUUAUUUGAAUUAUGUCUUGGAAAAUGGUGACUCUUUUAAUGGAACUACUUGGGCUAUCAGAGAGUUUACUUGGGAUCUAAAGUUUGCCGGUGUUCAAGUCAUAGCUGCAAUGUUGCCUAAGGAGAACAAUGAGGAACACAACAAAGUUCUUCAAGAAUUCCGUUCAAAUGCAGAGCACUAUAUUUGUGCACAAUUAAACAGAAACAACAAUAAUUCAAAUGUUCCUCGUACACCAGGUGGGUUAUUGUACAUUAGAGAGUGGAACACAUUGCAAUAUGUCACAACUGCAAUAUUACUACUAAUGGUGUACUCCAAUCAUCUCAAAGAAACAAAUCGAAACAUGCAGUGCGGGCAGGUUUUAGUGACGGGGGAUGAAAUUUUUGUUUUUGCAAAAACUCAAGUAGACUAUAUUUUGGGGUUGAAUCCCAUUAGUAUGAGUUACAUGGUUGGAUAUGGUUCAAAAUACCCACAAAGAGUACACCAUAGAGGUGCAUCCAUCGAAGGUUAUGACAAAAACAUUGGAUAUACUGGAUAUAUGGAAGGAUAUAAGAGAUGGUUUAAGUCACAAGAUCCAAACCCUAAUGUCCUUGUUGGAGCUAUCAUUGGUGGACCAGAUAAAAAUGACCAAUUUAGUGACCAAAGGUCCAAUUUCAUUCAAUCUGAAGCUUGCACUUAG